AGGAGUGGAAGAGUCCCCAAGCUCCUCCCCAGAAGCCAUGGCCUGCUCACCUCUCACCUGUGUGGUACUGUAUUUCCCACAGGUAGCACAGCCCAUGUGCCCAGCCUUAGGCCAGGUAGAUGGUAUAGUUGGAACGUCCAACUCCCCACCCCCGUGGACGAGAAAGCAGAUAAAGAGGCGCAGUCUCCACACCUUCUCUUCUCCCUACAGGUGUCCAGCUUGCGUGGCACAGUUCCCCUGUCCCCCUCUCCCUCGAAGGUGGCACAGUCUGCUGCGCCCACACACCCUUCUUGCACCUGCCAGGUGGGAGGCCCAAUGCCCCACCCCUGCAGGUGGUCCAUCCCGCCGGCCCCUCCUCGGUGAUGCUGCCACAAGGUUGGUACAGCCCCCCCGCGUCCUCUCUCAGGAGCCGCAGUCUGCCGCCUUCCCCCGCCCAACAUCUACCAGCUGGGCGUCCCAGUCCCCGCGACGCCCUCCCCCAGAGGUGGCCCAGCCCGCCCACCGAGGGGCCCCAGCCCUGCCUCGCACCUGCCAGUAUAUGUGCUGCCGAAGCGAGCACUGGCCAAGACUUCUGAACGCCCCUCCAUAUAUGUUCUCCCUUUCUUCUGAGCACAGGCAGAAAGUUGCUGAGGACGUCCCUGGUGGCACAGUGGUUAAGAAUAUGCCUGCCAAUGCAGGGGACACGGGUUCAAUCCCUGGUCCGGGAAGAUCCCACAUGCCACGGAGCAACUAAGCCUGUCCGCCGCAACUACUGAGCCCAUGCGCCACAACUACUGGAGCCCGGGCUCAGAAUAAGAGAAGCCACCGCAAUGAGAAGCCCGCACAUCGCCCCUGCUUGCUGUCAUUAGAGAAAGCCCGUAUGCAGCAAGGAAGACCCGAGGCAGCCCAAAAUAAAUAUAGAAAGAAAGAAAGAAAAUUGCUGGGACUAGAAUCUUGGUACUUGUUGGUCUCUUCUCUCUGUUUCUUGGCUCUCUAUCAGAGCUUCUAAAGCAGGUAGAAAUAUACAAUGAUCAUUUUAUACAUGAUUUC